AUGCGUUUGCUCGUCGGAUUACUUUUCUUUCAAAACGCCCGCUGCGACGAAGAAAAGCUCUUCCAGCGACUUAUUGACGAAAAAGAGCCCGAAAGUAAGCUUCAACUCUAUUUGAUUCAAAUCGCCGAUUUGGAGGAACGCAAAGAAAUUCUCCACACUAAAGCUAGACUGAAGAUUUCUUGGUACGAUCCAAGGCUCCGCUGGGAUCCGGCGCAGUUCGGUGGCAUGACGAAGAUCAAGCUCAACUCCACGCGAGUAUGGAAACCCGACAUUGUCUUGCAUAACUCCGUGACAGGCAAUUUCAAAACGACGGAGCAGGGCCACUACUACAAAGUGACCAUAUUCGAUAACGGAACGGUGGAAUGGCAGCCUGCAGCGCUUUAUCAGACUUCAUGCGGCAUUGAUACGAAAUUCUUCCCCUUCGAUUCGCAGAACUUGUUUAUUGUGCGAUGCCAGGAAACGCGCGUGCGCGUCUUUGGCCGCCUGCCGAAAUGGCUCCGAAAGCUGGGCGGCUUCCCCGACGAGUGCUUCCUCGACAAUGAUCUCAAUUCCGAGGGCUCCCCGUCACAGGCACUUUCUAGAUGA